UACGCACACACAUACGCACAUACACCACUCUCUGCUGUGACGUCUCGUGUGAAAUUUUAUUUCUUCACUUGGAAUGUACACCAAUCACAUGAAGGACACCAACAACAACUGCAACAAGUCUCUCCUUAAUGAGCAUAAGGGGAGGCUCAUUGAUGCGAUCAAGAAGAUUAAACAUGAAAUUGAUGAAUGUCAUGAAGCUGAAAGAGACACCUAUGCAGAGGCAGUAGAUGUGGAGAUUCAGUUUGAUGACAUGGCACGUGAAAUCCAAGCCGAGUUCCAGAACCUUCAUCGCUUUUUGGAUGAGGAAGAGGAAAGAGACCUGGAACGACUGAGAAAAGAAAAGGACAAACGAGUAAAAAUUCUAAAGGAGAGAGAGAGGAAAAUCGCCAUGCAGGGUCGAGAACUAGAAAGAGCCAUCGAGACUCUGAACUGCAAAUUAGCAGAAGAUGAAAGUCCUAAACUGCUGAAGGAAAUCAAAGAGCUCUUAAAGAGAUGUGAGGUAAAUUUCAUCCGUUUGCCUCCAGUGGACAGUGACAUAUGUCCAGGACAUUUUGUGGGUCCCAUUCAAUACAGAAUAUGGAAACACAUGAAGGCUUCUCUCUACCCAAACAUAUCCAUGCUGACUUUUGAUACUGAGACAGCUCACCCAUUGCUGACCGUGUCUGCUAACAACACUGCGGUUCAUUUCGAGGAGGACAAAGAGGUGACAGUUAAAGACACAAAUCCAAAACGUUUCCAUUAUUACUACUGCGUGCUGGGCCGUGAAGGCUUCACCCACGGCCGCCAUUACUGGGAGGUGGAGGUCAAGGGUAAGACAGCGUGGCGCCUGGGAGUGGCCCGAGAGGAUGUGUGUCGUGGUGAGAUGAACUCAUCCACCACGGCCAACGGGCUCUGGACGCUGGCACUAAAAAAUGGCACAAUCGUAGCCUGCACUGACCCUAAGCCCACAGUGGUACGCACUGCCAUAUUGCCUGUCCGCAUUGGCAUUUUUUUGGACUGUGACAGAGAGGAGGUGUCCUUCUACAAUGCCAUUACUAUGACAGCACUCUUCUCUUUUUCCAUGGAAUCUGUGCUGAUGCCCAUCUUUCCCUUCUACAACCCCUGUGACACAGAUGAUGGGAGAAACCUAGGUCAGCUAUCCAUUUUUUAUCCCUUGCUUUAA